UUCUUACUAUUUGACUUGUUUGCAAGUUGUAAGUUUCACUAAUUGUGAACAAAAUUCUACAGUUGUCUAUAAAUCCUCCAAGCAACAAGAAUUCCAUAGACUCUUUGAGUGGGGAGCAGCAGAUUUGCAGUUGCUUCUACAAACCAAGAUGGCUGAGUCUAAGAAACCAGAUCCGAAUGAGUUAGAGGGGUUUGUGACCUGUGAAGGAAAACCUGCUCGCAAGGAUAUCCAUGGAGGAAUUCACUCCACCUUCUUUGUUUAUGUGAUGCAGUUAUUUGACAUGCUAGCCUUUUUUGCCAUUAAUGUAAACCUUGUUACAUAUUUCAAUGGCGUUAUGCACAUGGAGAUCUCUGAAUCAGCUACCACACUAACCAAUUUUGUGGGGACUGCACUGCUGUUAUCUCUGCUGGGAGGACUCAUUUCUGACUCUUAUGUUGACAGAUUCAGGACAACAAUCGUUUCUGCUUUCAUAGAGCUUGCUGGAUACAUAAUAUUGUUAACACAAGCGCACUUUGGGUCUUUAAAGCCUCCCCCCUGCAAUCUACUUGGUCCAACUUCUGUGUGCGUGAAAGUGAGUGGAGCAAAAACUGCAAUGCUAUUCAUAGGUCUGUAUUUGAUAGCUAUUGGAAAUGGAGGUGUGAAGGGUGCUCUGCCAGCAUUUGGAGCAGACCAAUUCGAUGAGAAAGACCCAAAAGAGAGGAGAAAAAUAUCAACUUACUUCAACAUGCUUUUCUUCAGCAUCACUGCAGGAUCAUCUAUUGGAGUCACAGCUGUGGUAUGGGUGAUGAACAACAGUGGAUGGGAUGCAGGUUUUGGCUUCUGUGUAGGAGCAGUUUCCCUUGCUAUCAUUAGCAUGGUGGCUGGAAGGAAAACUUAUCGCAUCAGAAUUCCAGAAGGGGGCCCUCUAAUUCGCAUUUUACAGGUGUUUGUAGCUGCAUUCCGCAACCGAAAGCUCAGCACACCAGAGAAUCCUUGUGAUCUAUAUGAGAUACAUGAUAAGGCAGUCAAUAUCAAUACCGAGAAACUUCUACAUACAAAUCAGUUCAGAAUCCUGGACAAAGCAGCAAUAUCAACAGAAGGUUCUUUCCAACUUGAGAACAACAUGGAGCCUAACGGGUGGCGUUUAUGCAGUGUGACCCAAGUAGAAGAAACCAAAGUUAUAAUCCGAAUGAUGCCCAUUUUUGCAUGCACAAUCCUGAUAAGCACAAAUUUAGCACAAUUGCAGACAUUUUCAGUGGCUCAAGGUUUGACAAUGGAUAGAAGUAUGGGGAAACAUUUUCAAAUCCCUGCAGCUUCUUUAGCAAUCAUUCCUCUUGCAUUUCUAGUCAUUCUCACUCCAAUCUAUGACAGACUCUUUGUUCCAUUUGCAAGAAAAUUCACUGGACAUGAAGCAGGAAUUACCCACUUGCAAAGAAUUGGAGUUGGAUUAGUAUUGUCUACUAUAUCAAUGGCUAUUAGUGGCUUGGUGGAGGUGAAGAGAAAAAAUGUAGCAAAAGAACAUGGAAUGCUAGAUGCAUUGUUCAAUCCCCUUCCAAUUAGUGUCUUCUGGUUGGGAUUUCAAGAUUUUGUGUUUGGAGUUGCAGAUCUUUUCACUGUGGUGGGGCUGAUGGAGUUCUUCUACAGUGAAGCUCCUGUGAGAAUGAGGUCCAUGGCCACUGCAUUUUCCUAUACAUCUUUGUCUCUGGGCUUCUUUCUCAGCAGUGUUUUAGUUAACAUUGUGAAUGCUGCAACUCGAAACAUCACAAGCAGCCAUGGUUGGCUAAGGGGUAACAAUCUAAACCGCAACCAUCUUAAUUUGUUUUACUGGUUGCUUGCUAUUCUCAGCAUGCUCAACUUUUUCAACUAUCUCUUCUGGGCAAAUUGGUACAAGAAAAAGCAAGUAGCUGGUAUCCAGGAAGACAAGGAUCGUGUGUAGGCUUGACAUGAAUAUGUUCAUUAAUUAUGACUAUCUGUUAGAUAUGAUCAAGUACAUUUAUGUUCUAGAAUAAGGCUGGAAAAUCAUGCAAGAUCACUUAAAUGUAUAAUACCCAUAACCCAUCUGGUAGGAAAUGGCCAUCUGUUGUCCUGUUAGAAUUUUACUAGUGCUCUAUAUCAAGCAUGUAAAUCAUGGCAUUGUACUAGUUCAUUUCUUAAUGUAUUCAUAAUUAUAUUUUUAAUGUAGAAACCAUGAUUCAUGCUU